UAACAAUAUAAAUAACAUGAUACCUAUAGCUCCUGCGACAUCAGCUUUUACUGCUGAGAAACAUAUAGAGAUUGAACGAAAGAAACGUACAAGAGCAAAACGUAGCUGUGAUGCUUGUCGAAUAAAAAAGAUUCGUUGUGACGCUGAUGAUAAACAACCUUGUACAAAAUGUAAAUUAACAAAUACUAAUUGUCAAUUUCUAAUUGAACAAAAAAAGAGAGGACCUGCUUCAGGACGAUAUGUUGAACAGUUGGAAAAUCGUUUAAUACGAAUGGAAAAAUUACUUCAAAAUAUUACUAAAGAAAAUAAACAAGAUCAUUCUACAACUUCUGAAAAUGAAGAUGAAACGAUGUCACCUUCUAAUUCAUGUACAUUAGCAAAAUUAAAAUCAACCGAUCAAGAACAAGAAUUAAUGCAAGAACAAUUGGAGGGAUUAACAGUAUCUGACUAUCAACGUACUCGAUAUCUUGGUGCUAGUUCAGGUCUUCAUUUUUUAAAUGAAGAUAUUUUUACAACAAAUAAAAAGAAACGAUUAUUAGAAGAACCUUCUUGGUUUAUCCAAAAAUUAAAUGAAGAAGAAGAAGAGCAUGUUAUUAUAAAAUCGAAAGAAGUAUCAAUAGAAGAUAUACAAAAUAACAAGACUUUCAAUCGAAUUGAGGCAUUUAGAGACAUUCCACAUAUAACGCAAGAUUUUGUAGAUUAUUUAGUCCAUUUGUAUUUUACUCGAGUGCAUAAUUAUUGUCCCAUCAUCAACAAAAUUCAAUUUUUAGAACAAUAUUAUUAUCAUAGUCCUUCGCCACCAGAUAAAUAUUUGUUAUAUACUAUCGCAUCUAUCGGUAUCUCUAUCUUUAAAACCGAUUCAAAUGAAGCUAAAGUAUUCCAUUUUACGUCUGAGCAAGUAGAUGAAAUGAAGGAAACCAUUAAAAUAAAGUCACAAAGAUUGUUGGGAAUUGUAUGCAAACGUACUACGAUAAGUACAGUUCAAGCUUUGAUGAUUAUGAGCAUGUUUAUUGGUUAUGACAAAAAUGUAGAUGAAGAAACAAGUCAUUGGUUCAUUUCAGGCACGGCCAUUCGAUUAGCACAAGAUUUAGGUCUUCAUCGUGAUUGUUCCAAAUGGAAAAUACCUCAAUAUGAAAUUGAAUUACGUAGACGAAUAUGGUAUGGAUGCUACUUAAUGGAUCGUUUAGUAGCAGCAGAGUUAGGUCGACCUAUUUCAAUAAUAGAUGACGAAUUCGAUGUAGAGCUUCCAUCACCUUAUGAAUUAAACUACACUUCAAAUCUUAAUAAAGAUACUGACUUUAUACCCAUUUUAGUUCUGGAAGCAGAAGAAGCUUUACGACAAAACAUACCCGUUUAUUCUGCCUUUGUUCAUCUGCUUACAAUAACUCAUAUCUUGGGAGAAACGUUAGUUGGUUUACAUUCAACAAGGGUUAAAAAACAAGAUCAAGAUAAAAAAUUGGAAUUAGUGAAUACUUUAGAACAUAAAUUAGCUAAUUGGAAAUCAACCUUACCACCCGAAUUACAAAUAAUAGACUUGAAUAAUAAUGAUUCAACAGCUCAUUACAUUACAACACCAGCACUUGUAAUUAAUAUUGUAUAUGGAUGUGUUUCCAUACUUUUAUAUAGACCCUUUAUUAGGAAACAAAUAGAAAGCUCUAACAUAGCUUUUAAGGCACUCAGCAUCUGUACAGAUACAGCAAUUCAAUUAAUAAAUAUUGUAGAGAUAAUGGAUCGUAAUUAUCUUGUUGCACUUCCAUGGAGUAUGUCAGUUUAUUCUAUCUUUCAAGCAGCAAUUAUACUAUUACAUAAUGCAAAAGGAGAGAAUGAAUUUCUAAGGAAACAAGGAAGACAUUAUUUGAUAAAAUGUUCCAAAAUGUGUAAGAAUGACAGUCAUUUUCAAAAUACACGAAUGAUUGAAGUGUUAAUGUCAAUUGUAAAGAAUUUUGAUGUCUCUAUGGAAGAUACAUCACCAAGUCAAAAAAAUGAUGAUGAAAUAAUGCAAUCCGGAAACAAGCAACAAUCCCAACCAUUUAGCAGCAGUAAUGAUCAAUAUUACACUAUAAUAAAUAAUGAUCCUAAUUUAUCAUUAACUGGUCCUGCCAUGAAUCCGUAUAUAAUUCAUCCAUCCUUUGAUUCAAGCUCUAAAAAUAUAUUUCUACCAUCGAAUCCUAACGGAGCCAUUAUACCUACAACAACAUACGAUUUAGCUAGUUUGAGUUCACAAGUGCCUUUAUGGGAUAUUCCUAAUGGAGUUAUGUGGAGCGAAUGGGAGAUUUUCUUGAGAGACAACAUAAUACCUUCGACAAAUACUACUAUUUAAAUGUUUCACUAUUCAUAUCUCGUGAUUUAAAAUUGCGUAG